AUGAAGUUCACGACCCUCUUUGUUGCCUUCGCCGCCCUCGUCUCCGCCGCACCAGCUGAGGUUGAGGUCGCUAAGCGUGAUGUCUGGAACCCUCACAUCAUCUACCCCAACCACAACUCCGUAUGGAAGGUCGGCCACACUUUCGAAGUAGUCUGGGAUACCUCCGACGCUCCUGAGAACAUCAGUAACGGCGCGGCGAUCUUCCUCAGGAGGAACGGCGAGACUUUCGUGAACGACCCUCUGGCGCUCAACUUUGACCUGCGCUCCGGCCACCAGUCUGUCACAGUUCCUGACUGGAUCCGUCCCGGUAACGGUUACGAGAUCGUCCUCUUCGGCGACUCUGGCAACUUCGGUGAGCCCUUCAGGAUUGUCGGCAACCACCCUGGCCCGUACUACCACCACGAUGGGCACCACGAGUGA